AUGAUUUAUGUGGUACAUACUCUAGUAGCCCAUUCACUUACAAUUAUGCUAACUCAGCCAUAUUUCCGUAGAUUCUUUAGCAGCAUAACAAACUGCUUAGAUUUUACACUUGGUAGUGCUUUAUCUACUACCCGCUCCAACCUACACAUUUUAAAAGUUGGUAGCCACAAAUUGAAUGAUUUAUAUCCAAAGACAAUUUACAAUCGCACUCAUUUGUUACUUGAAAACUGUUCAAUUCUACCUGGCAUCGUAAAAGCACAGAGUAUCGAAGACAUUAGCUGUUCUCCCAGGGACGACCUGCGCAAAGAACAGUUUACUAGGAUAAUAGGAAAGAUUGGUAUAAAGAAGCGGGAUGCAGGACCAUAUUGGAAGCGGUACAAAGAAAAGAGAAUAAAGAUAAGAAAGCGAAAACGUGUUAUUUAA